AUGACCUUUGAAUCUUCUAUUCUAGGUAAUUUGGAGCCAAGAAAGGUUCGUGGGCCUACUUUACUAAAAGAUAUUUGGAAACUUCCUCCGGGGAAGGUAGUUGAUGUGCCGUUUAAUAAUCGUAACCAAGCUAUUGGGGAAAAAGGCCGAAAGCUUGCUAGCUUUCUAGGAAUCAUUGCGAGAACUCCAGAACUAACACCUUUACAUGUAGAUGAUUGGAGAAAUUUUGACAAGGAGGAAAAGAAGAAAUUGGUGGAUUUUGUGAGGAAGAAGUUCUCUAUCCCAAGACGAGGAGAAGCUUAUGUCCUAAAGUCACUAGGAAAGAAAUGGAAAGAUUAUAAGUGUGAGUUAAAGGGUGAGUAUUUGCGAAAAUAUAAGACUAAAGACCUUUUGCUGAAAAAUAGACCAAGUCGCAUACCGAGGGAUCAAUGGAGUGGUCUUGUCGCUUAUUGGCUUUCAGAUAAAACUAAGAGGCGUUCCCAAGCAAAUAGAAAUAAUAGGGCCAAUCAAAAGAUGCCUCACACAGGAGGAUCCAAAAGUAUUGCUACCUUGAUGGAUGAGCAGGAAAUGAUAAAUGAAAGGACGAACAAUAGUGAGAGCUUUACUGACCAACCUCCUCGCGCUGUUGCUUGGGAAGGCGAUGUGUAUUCUCAGGUGUUCGGAAAUGACAAAAGUGGAUAUGUUCGUGGUUUAGGACUUGGUCCAACUCCUUCUGGUUUAUGGGGUAGUAGAUCUUUCUUAGAAAAUAUUGUUGGAGAGGAUUCCUCUAAUGAAGCUGUCCAAAGGUUAACACAAGAGAUAACCGAGUUAAAAGAUAAACACAAUGAAGAAAUGAAUCUGAUGAAACAAAAUCAGGAGAAGAUGCAAUCAGAAUUACUCGAAAUGCGACAAUUGAUGCGCAAAUAUGCUUCCAAUGAAUCUAUGCCUCAAAAUAUCAAUGGCACCUCAAUUGAACAGGUUCCUUCUGCCAAUAGUGGCCAUGAACGAGUACCACAAACAUCAAGGAUACCUAAUGUUGCUGAAAAUACUUCAAUGUCUCAUGGUACUACUCAUAUUUAUCCUUCGCAAAGAGAUGCGAAACUUGGUGCAACUCAGGUGUUGCAUACCUUCUGGUUCACACUAGUUAUUCUAGCUGGGUUCUGUAAAGGAGGUUCUCAGUUCCAACUUGAAAGAGGUGUUGGCAAAAAAAGAAUUCCAGUGAACUCUAAUUUGCCUCCAUAUACCAUAGGGACUGUGUUGCUGAACCUGUCUAGUGAUCCAAGGGAUUAG